CACGCGACCAACCGAAUGCCUCAGAUCAAACCCCACCCUGCUUGCGCAGUCAGAGCAAGCGAUCGAUCGAGCGAGAGAGGUUCGCGGGAGUCUCGCUUGGCCUCGGUGCGUCGGCGAACGAGCGGCGAUGGGGUUCGCGUCGUACCUGGAGAUGAAGACGGGCCCGGCGGGCGGCGGCGCGUCGGAGGCGGCGCAGGCGCUGGUCGAGGCGGACCUGCGGGACCUAAGCGUCGCCGCGCGGAAGCUCGCCAACCACGCGCUCGUCCUCGGCGGCGGGCUCGGGUUCGGGUUCGGCACAUCCUUCCUCAAGUGGCUCGCCUUCGUCGCCGCAGUGUACCUCUUGAUAUUGGACCGCACAAACUGGAAGACCAACAUGCUGACAGCUCUCUUGGUCCCUUACAUUUUCUUCACCCUGCCUCAUGUGCUGUUUUCUCUGAUGAGAGGAGAGGUGGGAAGAUGGAUUGCGAUUAUUGCGAUUAUUCUACGGCUCUUCUUUCCACGCCACUUCCCUGAUUGGUUAGAGCUGCCUGGUGCAAUCAUCCUUCUCACAGUGGUUGCCCCAAGCCUCUUUGCGGACACCUUCUGGGGCAACUUGGUCGGUGUCUUCAUAUGCCUCGGAAUUGGAUGCUACCUGCUACAAGAGCACAUCAGGGCAUCAGGUGGAUUCAGGAAUGCCUUCACGAAGGGCAAUGGCGUGUCGAACAGCAUCGGCAUCCUUCUGCUCUUUAUCUACCCUGUCUGGGCCCUGGUGCUGCACUUCCUGUAGACACUACCGCUUCGGUUCUCUCUAUUCGUUCCUUUGUGCAGACGUUUCAUCUAUGGCGAUUUGAGGGUGCAUGUUAUGUAUGUUUGAGCCGUUGUCCUGUUGGUGGACAGUUUCUUGUAUGUUCGUUUUGUUUUGAAUGUCUCUUGAAGGUUCGAUGUCAAAGCUUCGUUCUUUGAUACAUAAACUCAAUAAAUUCUUCUCAGUUGCUUGAUGUCAAACUGAGAAGAUGUUAGUCAAA